CCCCUGCCCUGAAAGUUGUGUCAACCUCUUUCUAAGUUUUGUUUUACCUGGUAUUUUCUCUUUUCUUCAAUUACAAAUAGGACCUACUCAGCGCGUAUUGUCACAGAUGAGAUUAUUUUGCCACACCUCGGAGCGAGACUGUCUCUCCAGUACACACGUUCUUAGUUUCUCCUGCAUGCACUGAGUCUGCUGCCACAGUUGUUGACAGCGUCACGAGGACAAGCAAUGGCUCUACGAAGUCUUUUCGCGGUGCGAAAUGCCUGCAGCAGCCUGCGAAGGAACUGUCAGCAAACGGCCUGCUAUGGCACGCUGAAAGGCAGAACAGUUCGGAUUGGUUGCGCCUCUGGUUUCUGGGGAGAUACGCCUCAAGCAGCUCCGCAGCUAGUUCGCCAAGGCAAGAUUGAUUAUCUUGUGCUGGACUAUCUCUCAGAAAUCACUAUGUCUCUCAUGGCAAUGGCAAAGAAGAAGAAACCCGAGUUUGGGUAUGCACCAGACUUUCUUGCGGCCGUCAUCAAGCCAUUGCAACAUACGAUAAAGGAGAAAGGUAUUCGCGUUGUUGCCAAUGCUGGCGGGGUCAAUCCAGCAGCUUGUGUGUCAGCCAUACAGGCUGUGCUCAAGGAGUCAAAUGUAGACCUGCGUGUUGGUGCCGUUUCCGGCGACGAUCUAAUGGACCAACAAGAGUAUCUACGGGGCCAGGACAUCAAGGAUCUGUACAAUGGGGAGCCUUUACCCGAGUCCUUACAGAGCAUGAACGCAUACCUGGGAGCCCAUGGUAUAGCCACUGUGCUGGGCCAGGGAGCUGACAUCGUUGUAACCGGACGCUGUGUGGACAGUGCACUUGCCCUGGGUCCACUCAUGCAUGAGUUUGGCUGGCAACGCAACGACUACAAUCGACUUGCAGCGGGAAGCCUGGCUGGUCAUCUAAUCGAGUGUGGUGCUCAGUCAACUGGUGGCAUUAUGACAGACUGGAAACAGACGGUGGAUGGCUGGUCCAAUAUGGGAUUUCCUGUUGUGGAAUGUGCAGAGGACGGUCUCUUUGUGCUGACCAAACCAGACGAUACAGGUGGUGUCGUGUCGCGCAACUCUGUCGGCGAACAGCUGGUGUACGAAAUCGGUGAUCCACGUAACUACUAUUUGCCAGAUGUGACGUGCGACUUCUCCAAUGUGCAGCUUACGGAGCUGGCAGAGCCCAACUCGGUCUUGGUGGAAGGCGCACAGGGAAAAGCACCGACGGAUUCACUCAAAGUAAGUGCAACAUACAUGGAUGGGUAUCGAGCAACGGUUGUAAGCCCUGUGAUAGGGCCACGCGCCGCCGAGAAAGUCCAUAUGAUCUCUACACAUCAACUUGAACGGGCACGGAAAGUCUUCAAGAAGCUGAAAAUGGACGACUUCAGCCACGUUCACGUUCAGGCACUUGGUGAACAUGAGUCGUACGGGCCCCAUGCUAAAAGUAAGAGCCGUGAGGUCGUGCAAUGGCUGGCCGUACGUCAUAAGCAGAAGGAGGCCAUCGACAUAUUGGGCAGGGAGCUAGCAGCAGCCGGAACUGGAAUGGCCCCUGGGUGCACAGCACUUGUCGGUGGAAGGCCCAAAGCGACUCCAGUCUUCCGCUUGUUCUCCUUUCUCUAUCCCAAGUCACGCAUUGAAGUAUCAUGUACUGUGCUGGACAAGGAUAGCCAGACAUUCCAAGGCACGACCACCGAGUCGGUCCCAUCAACAGCGCAGGUCGCUGAACAGGAGCCAGCAGCAGCGACUGCCACUCCUGUGCAGCAGUACAGUGCUCCACGCUGCUCUCUGCUGUCAGUGACUGAAAUGAGCGAGACGCGACUGGAGCAGAUUGCGUGCAUGCGCAGCGGUGACAAGGCAGACUCUUCUAACAUUGGUGUGCUAGCGCGAUGUGACCGCUGCGUGGACAUCAUUAGGGAGCAGGUGACCGCUGAGAAAGUGCAGCACUACUUUGACCAUCUUCUCGAGCCAGGCUCCAAAGUGGAGAGGUAUGAGCUGCCAGGCAUUGGUGCUUUCAACUUUGUCUUGCCCCAUUCCCUCGGUGGUGGUGGCAUCACGUCUCUACGGCCAGAUCCACAGGGCAAGGGCUAUGGGCAGAUGCUGGCGGAUUUCCGUGUGACGUGCUCAUCAUCACCAUGCUGCCAUUGUAAGGUCACCGUGUAGUCUUGUGCUGCCAGUCAACCAGUCUAGUACUACCAUACCGUCUCAGUGUCCUGGCGAUGCCGGCGAUCCUCCCACGUCAUCACCUUCACAGUGCUGUGUUGUUGUUGUUGUGCCGAGGCCGUCUUGACAUCGUACUCUGACUAGUACCCUUAGUUGUGCCAUGCUAGUCCGCCAUCUUACUCCCAUACGCAGUGUGUGGUGACCGUACUUCAAUUUGUGGUGUUGGCUACUUGAUGGCGUGCACAUGUGCAUGUACCGUUCGUUGUCCGUCGGCCUGUGCCGAUUUUAUCCUGCAGUGUGGUCAGUGCCAGUGGCACUACCACGCUCCUUUCUCACGUGAUCCUGGCAUAGACUGAACUCCAACCAGGUCGAAAACCUUGGUGUAGCAUUGAGCAGAUUCUGGAGCGCGUAGAGAUGUGCCCAAGUAUGUCCUGCAUUUUAUGACUGUCCCGUCCCAGUUGCCAACCCUGUUCGUGCGAUACGGUAAGCUGUUUCAUCCUGUACUCAAUACGUCCCUUAAUGCACACUGUGCCAGAGUCACAUGUUGCAUUCGGACAAUCUCAGUUCCUGUGCAGCAGUUCUAGCAUUGUGCAAGGAAGACUGUACGGGGUGGUGCGUGUGUGUGCCAGGCACACUGCUGUGUCCAUUCCCUGCUAGUAUGCCGCUAGCUGGCGUAUUCUGUUUUGCUCAGUUUCGCAUGCAAUCAGAUGGUGAAGACGACCCUUUACUUCUAGCUGCUGGUUUUCCUGUGUCUUCCAUUUCUCAGGUUUUUGGUCCAGAGUGGGCUGCUUUUACAUAAAUAUUCUGCAGUCCGCAGAUUGAGUAAAUAUUCUGUAGUACAUCUUUUUUUCAUAGCUUUCCUUAAAUUUGUAAAGUACAGACAUCAGGCCUGUCCUACUCAAUGUAGACUUUCUCAAAUAUUCUCAUUUUUUUAUCUAGCUUCCUUACACCUUUCGGUAAGGCUUCACAUCUGUAAUUAUCAGGACCCAAUCCAGCGGAAGUUCAAGAUAAUUUGUACUGCCCGCAUUCUCUUGUAUUCCUCCUAUCCGCAACUACAUCUGCAACUACAUAGCUUCAUGUCAACAUGUUA